AACCAAAUCACGAAAAUAAACAUUAAAACGGCACCGGAUAGAGGCAUCACUACCACCAAAAGACGCUUCAAUACCUCAAUUUCCGUUUUCAGGCAUCACUCACAAACAAUUUUCUUUCAAAUUUAUCGAUUCUUUGUCUCUUCUCUGUAACACUACCACAGAGCAAUUUCACACGUUCUGAGUCGACUCACCGAGUCACCUAUUCCGGGAAUCACAGCAGAAGAAACGCAACGAACGCAUGGCGGCGACACCGUCGUCGAACCGUUCCCCCGACGACUUCACCGUCGAUCAAACGCCGCUAAUCGCGAACUCUAACGGCGGCGGUGGUGGAGGCGAAUCGAACUCCGGCCGCAGAUUCGUUCGGCGGCAGAGCCUCCGCCAGGCUGCGCGGUUUCUCCGGCAGGGGAGCGGGCGUAGGUCGAUGCGGGAGCCGUCGAUGGUGGUGAGGGAGACGGCGGCGGCGCAGCUGGAGGAGCGGCAGAGCGAUUGGGCGUACUCGAAGCCGGUGGUGGUGCUCGACGUCCUCUGGAACUUCGCGUUCGUGGUGGCAGGCGUCGCUGUGCUAGUCCUGAGCCGGAACGAGUCGCCAAACGCGCCGCUGAGGUUGUGGAUCUUAGGGUACGCGGCGCAGUGCAUUGUCCACGCGGCGUGCGUGUGCGUUGAGUAUCGGAGGAGGAGGAGGAGGACGGAGCAGCAGCUGCAGAGCACGAGCGACGUCGUUCAAGGUGUUGAUGGAGUUGGCGUUGGGGGAAGUGGAGAUUUAAGCUCCGGUUCCAUGGAAGGUUCUGGACACUAUUUGACAUUGGCUCAAUUCGAUGAGGACGGCACAAGCAUGGCAAAGCAUUUGGAAUCAGCCAACACAAUGUUUUCCUUUAUUUGGUGGGUUGUCGGGUUCUAUUGGGUAUCAGCUAGUGGUCAAGACUUAGCCCAAGAGGCUCCUCUGCUUUAUUGGUUAUGUAUAGUCUUCCUGGGUUUCGAUGUUUUCUUUGUCGUUUUCUGCAUUGCACUGGCAUGCAUAAUUGGUAUUGCUGUUUGCUGUUGUCUUCCGUGCAUCAUUGCACUUCUAUAUGCAGUUGCAGACCAGGCAAGGGCAUCCAAAGAAGAUAUUGAGCAGUUGUCGAAAUUCAAAUUCCAAAGGAAUGAAAACAAUGAGAAACUCACUGAUAAUACACAAGGAUCUGCUGGGGGAGUAAUGAUAGAAUGCCGAGUUGAUUCACCUAUUGAACAUGUUCUUUCUGACGAGGAUGCGGAAUGUUGCAUCUGCCUUUCUGCUUAUGAGGAUGGUGUUGAUCUAAGACAACUUCCCUGUGGUCACCAUUUUCACUGUGCUUGUGUGGACAAAUGGCUAUACAUUAAUGCUACCUGCCCCCUCUGCAAGUAUAAUAUCCUAAAAAGUAGCAGAAGUGCUCAAGAGGAAGUGUAGAACAUGUCGGAGAAGUUUCUAGAAGCUAUUUGGAGAAUUUGCAUAGGCCUUUGGUUUGCAGUAUAUAAUAGGCACGGUAUGCUAAUAUACAUACACAGUUGCUGCUACUGCUGCUGCUUCUGUGUGCUUGUGCAUCUUCUAGUGGUAGUUAUUUAAAAUAUUCUUCCUUAUAGUAGCUUCUAACUGCUUGUGUAUAUCAGCUUUGUUCAUUGUACGCCUGGCAAUAAAUUACAUGGAGGCAAUCUGGUUCUCAUUUUUUC